AUGCCGGGCGAGCGGCUUCCCUCACCCCUGCUGCCGCACCGUCUGAACACAGACCACCCUCCUCCCACCACGGGAGUGGGUGCCACCAGCGUCCCCGCUUUCCAGACACGAAAGGACGGCUCCCAAGGCUUUAGGAAGGCUAGAUCCGGGACCGGGCAGCAGCUGCCCGACUGGGCCCGGCCCCCAGCGAGCGGCUGCCGCAAAGCCACCUUCUCACGAGAAGCAAGGUGUGCCCAGAGGAAGAGGCCCGGCAAUCAGAGCCUCCGGUGCCUUGCCGGUGCCUCUCAGCUCUUCAGGCUGCACCUCACCGAUUCGGGAUUCGCUGGCAACAGGCCAACUUGUCUUCUGUGGAUAAAACCUAUGGCGGCCUUGGCCCAGGGCGUGCUUCGGGUCAGACCGGGCCUAAGCGAUCCCACACCCCCUUCGGGCCCAGGCUUGGAUGGUGCUGGAUGGAAUAGCUUCCAGUCGUCUGAUGGCGCAGAACCCCCCGCCCCGCCUCGGGUCCCCAGCGCGGACAGCCAGCCCCCGGCACCCAUGUCUCUGCCGGCGAGCAGCGGUCUGGAUGACCUGGACCUCCUGGGGAAGACCCUCCUGCAGCAGUCCCUGCCCCCGGAGUCCCAACAAGUGCGGUGGGAGAAGCAGCAGCCAGCCCCCCGGCUCACACUCCGGGACCUACAGAAUAAAAGCAACUGCAGCUCAACCAGCUCCAGUGCCGCCGGCCUCCUCCACGCGGCGUCGCCUGAGCCCCCUGGGCCUCCGCAGCAGCCCACGACGACCGAGCUGUCGCUGGCCAACAUCACUGUGCCCCUGGAGUCCAUCAAACCCAGCAGCAUCUUGCCAGUGACGGUGUAUGACCAGCAUGGCUUCCGGGUCCUCUUCCACUUUGCCCGCGACCCGCUGCCCGGACGCUCGGACGUGCUGGUGGUGGUGGUGUCCAUGCUGAGCACCGCCCCCCAGCCCAUUCGCAACAUUGUUUUCCAGUCGGCUGUUCCCAAGGUCAUGAGAGUAAAGCUGCAGCCGCCCUCAGGCACGGAGCUGCCGGCGUUUAACCCCAUCGUCCAUCCCUCGGCUAUCACCCAGGUCCUGCUUCUCGCCAACCCCCAGAAGGAGAAGGUUCGCCUCCGCUACAAGCUUCUCUUCACCAUGGGCGACCAGACCUACAACGAGAUGGGGGAUGUGGACCAGUUCCCCCCACCUGAGACCUGGGGAAGCCUCUAGAACAGGGAGGGGUGGGGGAGAGGAGGGGGGAACAGGACUGGCCAUUGUCUGGCCUGCGGGGGGAAGGCCGUGGUGGCCUAGGACACCCUAUGUUCCCACGGCGACAUCCCCUGGGCCUGGUGCUUCUCCCCUCACCCCUGCAGCCCUCUCCUUACUCGUCUCCUCCCCUGCGCAGAUGGACCCAGCCGAAGACUGGGCCUGGGUUUGCGCUGCUGGGGACCUUGGCCACAGGGGAGAGCCUAGAGCAGGGAACGGCUGUCUGGCCCUGGAAGGACUUGGGGUCAUGGGGGAGAAGCAUGGCUGUCGGGCAAGGGCCAGGACCUCAGGCCCAGCCCUGACCCCAGCCUGGGGUGGGGUCAUCCCCACCCGUCUCUUAUGCCUUAUGGGAAGGCCCAGCCAUAACUUGGGGGCCAUGCUGGAGCGGGAACCAGCUCAGGCCUCCUCCGUAGGAACCGGGUGACUGGCGGGGGGGUGACGCCUGCACCCCCAGCUCUUUGCACUCUCUGCUGUGUGGUUUGACUCUCUUUGCUUUUCUGUCUCAGUGGCCCUGUGGUCACCAUCUCAGGGGGCCCGGUUGGGGGAGCCCCACCCGUCCCCCACUCCUCGUGGGGCUUUCGCUCCACCCGCCCGCCCCCUUGGCCAUCAGGCUUCUUGCGGGGCUGUGGGGGCUGUGACUGCUGGCCCUCCGAAGGUCACGCCAGAGCCGGGUGGCCCCAGCUGGAGGCUCAGGGCCACUGGGGUUUCCGGUGCGUCCCCUUCAGUCCCUGGCCUCUGCCGGGGCCUCCUGUGGGCAGCUCACCUCUGCCCAUCCGUCUGUCUGUGGGCAGAGUGGGGUCCGCGUG